AUGGCGGCAGGUGCCCUCGCGUACCUCAACGCCAAGACCGGCUUCUGGUACGACCGACAGCUCCUCCGCGGCAUGUUCGCCGCCGUCCGAGCAGACAAGGUGUGGGAGAGCAGUGACCGCUACAGCGGCUUCUAUCGGCUCGAAGAGCUCGCCACGAAGCCCUCGUCGGCCAAUGCCGCGUUUCUCGUCUUCCAAGGCCGGACAUGGACAUAUGCCCAGGCAUACGAGCAGGCGAAACGGUAUGGCAACUGGCUCAAGGCCAGGUACGACAUCAAGCCCAAGGACAUCGUCGCCAUGAACAUGAUGAACUCGGAUCACUACGUGCUCCUCACCUUCGGCCUGUGGUCUAUCGGGGCCCGCCCCGCAUACAUCAACUACAACCUCGCCGGCCCAGCGCUGGUCCACUGCGUCAGCAUCGCCAAUUCGGUCCUCAUGUUGGUGGACCCGGACGUGGUGCACAACGUCGACGACGGCGUGCGCGAGAAAUUGCCAGGACUCCGGAUAGAUGUCCUCGACCAGGAACUCCUGGAUGAGGUGGCGGCUGCUCCCGACACGAGGCCUGAACACUCGCUGCGCAGCGGCGAUAAAGGUCGAGACCUUGCGGUCCUCAUCUACACAUCUGGCACGACUGGCCUGCCCAAGGCUGCGAUUGUGGGGUGGGGCAAGAUGUUCAUGGCAGGCGUGUUUGUGGCAAAGUUCUUAGGCACCAAGAGCAGCGACGUCUUUUACACGGCAAUGCCCCUUUACCACAGCUCUGCCACCGUCAUGGGACUCGCGCAUAUCAUGGCCGCCGAAGGUACCCUGUCCAUCGGUCGCAAGUUCUCGGCGAGGACAUUCUUCAAGGAGGCGCGGGAGACCGACGCCACGAUUGUCCAGUACGUCGGCGAGACGUGUCGCUACCUGCUUACCGCCCCGCCAGAGAUCGACCCGGUGACCGGCGAGAACAUGGACAAGAAGCACAAGGUCAAGCGCGCACUAGGCAACGGCCUGCGCCCGGACGUGUGGACCAAGUUCCAGGACCGGUUCGGCAUCGAGAGCAUCGCCGAGUUCUACGGCGCCACGGAGGGAUUCAUUGCCACCUGGAACGUGGCAAACAACGCGUACUCGAAAGGCGCCAUCAGCCGCAACGGACUGUUGUUUGGACUGAUGAUGUGGAAGCGCAUAGCCAUCAUCGAGAUGGACGACGAGGCCAACAUGCCGCUGCGCGACCCCAAGACGGGGCUCUGCCGGCAGGUAGGCUGGGGUAAAGUCGGCGAGCUCAUGUCCGUGCUCCCCGAGGACCUCGAGAAGGACUUCCAGGGGUACUACAACAACCCCGAGGCCACGAACAGCAAGAUUGUGCGGGACGUGCUGAAGAAGGGCGACGCGUACUUCCGCACGGGAGACCUCGUGAGCUGGACGUCGAGCGGGCUCAUGUACUUCCAGGACCGCAUCGGCGACACGUUCCGGUGGAAGAGCGAGAAUGUGGCGACCACGGAAGUCAGCGAGGCGAUGGGCCUGCACCCGGCGGUCCAGGAGGCCAACGUGUACGGCGUCGAGCUGCCCAACCACGACGGGCGCGCGGGCUGUGUGUCGAUUGUGCUCGGCGAAGAGAAGCCCGGCCCGGCGCUGCUGCAGUCGCUGGCGUCGCACGCGCGCGAGAACCUGCCCAAGUACGCGGUGCCCCUCUUCCUGCGCGUCAGCAAGCUCGGCGGCAUGAUCACGGGCACGAACAAGCAGCAGAAGCAUGAUUUGCGGAUGCAGGGCGUCGACCCGGCCAAGGUGGGCAAGGAUGAGGUGUACUGGCUCAAGGGCGACACCUAUGUCAAGUUUGGCAAGCGGGACUGGGACGGCCUCACGGGGGGGCAGGUGAAGCUGUAG